AUGGACUUCGAGCGAGAGCUGACCAAAUUGGGCCUAUGGAGAAAGCUGAUGCCAAGGGAUGGCAAAUGUCUCUUGAAUGCUAUCGUGGAUCAGCUGUGUGGAUUUUCUGCCAGCGCAGAAUACGUGGAUAAAUUGUGUGAAUCCUGCUGUUCGCGUAGAGUCAAGACAAAUGCUGCUUAUGCACUGGACUCAAUCAAAACAGCCAAGGUACGGUCUUUCAAUUCUGUGAUCGCUUGA